GCAGAGGCGCAGGCGCGGUGGCGUAAAUCCGGCAGAGGAGCAACAUGGCGGCUUCGUCGCUUGCUGCGAGGUUGUACUCCCUGCUGUUCCGCAGGACCUCCACCUUCGCCCUCACCAUCGCUGUGGGCGCCCUGUUUUUCGAGCGCGCCUUCGAUCAAGGCGCGGACGCGAUCUACGAACACAUCAACCAGGGGAAGCUGUGGAAACAUAUCAAGCACAAGUAUGAGAACCAGUAGUUCCUUGGAGGCCCCCAUCGAGGCCAGAAGGACGAGGCCCACCAACCAGCUGUUUACCCAGAGCCAGGGCCUCUACUUGAAGAUGAUGCUCAAGUUACUCUUCAUCUACCACCUUUAACAUUUGGCAAGAAAUGGCUUCACCUGACAGACUCUAACUUCUGCUGUGUUUGAAGUAUGUUUGGUCAGAGUCAUCAACAAAUAAAUGUAAAUUGCCCUUGA